ACAAAAUGUCAUUGGGUUAUAAGCUCGUUGACAGUUUUGAGAGGGAUAGCCGGGCUUGGCCCUGUUUUGUUUUUUCAUAAAAUGAAUUUGUUUUGCCGUUGCUAGGCCGCUUGGGUAGGUUGCUGAGGUUUUGAAAUCGGACAACAGUCACUGUGAAAUAAAACCCAAGAAGCACUAUUCGGCAAAAUGUCCAAAAUGAAAAGCGCAGAGACAGUGAAGGUGGUUGUCAGAUGCCGGCCGAUGAAUGAGAAAGAGACUUCUGCUAGAUUUGAUAGAGUAGUUUCUGUUGAUGUGAAAUUGGGACAGAUCUCCGUGAAGAAUCCUAGGGGGAUGCCCAAUGAGCUGCCCAAGACCUUCACGUUUGAUUCUGUGUAUGACUGGAAUUCUAAGCAGUUGGAACUGUAUGAUGAGACAUUCCGGCCUCUGGUAGAUUCCGUCCUACUGGGUUUUAAUGGCACUAUAUUUGCAUAUGGCCAGACGGGUACUGGGAAAACAUACACAAUGGAGGGGGUGCGCAAUGACCCAGAGAGGAAAGGAGUCAUCCCUAAUUCCUUUGAGCAUAUAUUCACACACAUUUCCAGGUCCCAGAACCAACAGUAUCUUGUUAGAGCUUCGUAUUUGGAAAUUUAUCAAGAGGAGAUCAGAGACUUGUUAUCAAAAGACCAAGCCAAAAGACUGGAGCUAAAAGAAAGACCUGAUACCGGUGUUUAUGUAAAAGACUUGUCGUCCUUCGUUACCAAAAGCGUUAAAGAAAUAGAACAUGUCAUGAAUGUCGGCAAUCAGAACCGGUCAGUGGGAGCCACCAACAUGAACGAGCACAGUUCUCGAUCACAUGCUAUUUUUUUGAUAACCAUUGAGUGCAGCGAAUUGGGACUUGACGGGGAGAAUCACAUUAGAGUAGGAAAACUGAACCUGGUAGACCUCGCGGGCAGUGAACGUCAAACCAAAACAGGAGCCCAGGGGGAAAGGUUAAAGGAAGCAACGAAGAUCAACUUGUCCCUUUCAGCUUUGGGAAACGUGAUAUCUGCCCUUGUGGAUGGCAAGAGCACCCACAUCCCUUACCGCGAUUCCAAACUCACCCGUUUGCUUCAGGACUCCUUGGGAGGCAAUGCCAGGACAGUCAUGGUUGCUAAUGUUGGCCCAGCCUCUUACAAUGUCGAAGAGACCCUAACAACUUUGCGCUAUGCCAACCGGGCUAAAAACAUCAAGAACAAACCCAAAGUGAAUGAGGACCCCAAAGACGCCCUGCUGCGGGAGUUUCAGGAAGAGAUAGCUCGCUUGAAGGCUCAACUGGAGAAGAGAUCGGGGAAGAGGAGUAAGAAGAGCCAGCGGAGGCAUGUGGGAGAGGGAGGAGAGGGAGAGGGAGGAGAGGAGCUGGACGAAGAGGAUGAGGAUGAGGUGGAAGUAGAUGACAAGGAUGACUCGGAUUACUGGCGAGAGCAGCAAGAAAAGCUUGAAAAGGAGAGGAAGGCCAUCCAGGAGGACCACAGCUUGGUGGCAGAGGAGAAACUGAAGCUGCUGAAGGAGAAGGAGAGAAAGAUGGAAGACUUGAAAAGAGAAAAGGAAGCCAGUGAGAUGCUGUCAUCCAAAGUGAAGGCUAUGGAGAGCAAGUUGCUUGUUGGAGGUAAAAAUAUUGUUGAUCAUACAAAUGAACAACAAAAAGUACUGGAGCAGAAACGACAAGAAAUUGCAGAGCAGAAACGACGAGAGAGGGAGAUGCAACAGCAGAUGGAUUGUCGUGAUGAAGAGACCCUGGAACUGAAAGAGACCUACAGUUCUCUACAACAAGAAGUGGACAUAAAAACCAAGAAGCUAAAAAAGCUGUUUGCUAAGCUGCAGGCAGUAAAAGCAGAGAUCCAUGAUCUACAGGAAGAACACAUUAAAGAGAGACAAGAACUGGAACAAACGCAGAAUGAGCUCACCAGGGAACUCAAACUGAAGCACCUUAUAAUCGAGAACUUCAUCCCAAUGGAAGAGAAGAGUAAGAUCACAAACAGGGCGUUUUUUGAUGAGGAGGAGGAUCGAUGGAAAUUGCACCCCAUAACUCGCAUUGAGGACAAUCAGCAGAUGAUGACGAGACCUGUCUCUGCUGUGGGCUACAAAAGGCCCCUGAGCCAGCAUGCCAGAAUGUCAAUGAUGAUGAGACCUGAGGCUAGAUAUAGGGCAGAAAAUAUCCUGCUGUUAGAGCUGGAUAUGCCCAGCCGGACCACCAGGGAGUAUGAAGAGCCGGCAAUUGCCCCGAAGGUGGCCGCGGUGCUGGAAGCCGCUCUGCAGGAUGAAGAUGAAAUUCAGGUUGAUGCCUCAACUUUUGAAAGUUUUGGCAGCAAAAAAUCGAAGUCCAGGCCAAAAACUGGAAAGAAGGCUGGCACCCCCACUUCCUCUUCAUCCCCAGGGAGCUCAGGAUCUCUACUUUACCCACAAUCUCGUGGCCUUGUUCCGAAGUAAACGCAUAUUUUUCUUUGUGUGGGGGAGGGAGGGGGCUGAAACUUUUCACAACAAUAGCAGGGCAAACAGAAAAGCACUGAUAUUGUUUUUUCUUAUUUUGUAAACUGAAUAACUCGCCCAAAUUGAGUUUGGGGUGUGCGUAUAGUAUAUACAUUUAUAUCUUAAACGUCUCUAAAAACCUGUUUUCUUAAGUAGUAACUCCUGAUAUCAGUGCAGUGAAAUAAUUCUAAACAUAGAGACUUUACCUGCAC